AUGGCCUUUCCUAUUUUUCAGGUUGGAAAUGGAAUCACCAACCGUGAAACCAAUCCGAUGGACUUGGGAAGACAAACCAAACACUUACCAAGGUGCGACCACAUCACCAACCAACUCAGAAGAAUCAUCCCACAGAUGCAGCUGAACUCAAUACCUUCCAUGACUUCGUCGAUCCAGACACCUGCAUCAUCAAUUAAUCCUGGUGAAACACCCCUAAAAGAUCUUGCCACUGGCUCUAGCAAGUACAUGCUGCCGCCGGGCCCUCGGCCAUGGCCGGUGAUCGGCAACCUGAACCUGAUCGGACCAUUCCCGCACCGCUCAAUGCACGAGCUCUCCACGCGGCACGGGCCACUCAUGUCGCUGCGGUUCGGCUCCUACCCCGUCGUCGUCGGCUCAUCCGUCGACAUGGCGAAAUUCUUCCUCAAGACCCACGACCUGGCGUUCCUCGACCGCCCCGCCGUGGCCUCGGCUAGGCACAUCCUCUACAAUGGCUCCGACGGGCUGUGGGCGCCGUACGGCCCGUACUGGUGCCAGGGGCGCAAGCUGUGCCAGAACGAGCUCCUCAGCGCGAGCGGGAUCAAAUCAACGGAGCAUAUCCGCAGCGAGGAGGUGCGCUGCAUGCUGCGGGAUGUGUCGGCGGCCGCGUCCCGCGACGGGGGCGCGGUGGUGCGGCUCAAGGACCACCUCUCCAUGGCGAGCUUCAACGUGGUCUCGCGCAUGGCGCUGGGCAAGAAGUACAUCUUCAACGGCGCCGGCUCGCUGAUGGCGUCGGAGGCGUUCCGGUGGAUGAUCCAGGAGUUCUUCUUCCUCAACGGCGCGGAGUACAUCAAGAGGAUGAAGAGGCUGAGCAAAAUGAUCGACCCGUUGCUGGAGCACGUGCUGGGCGAGCACAGUGAGCGGCGGCGGCGACAGGGCGAGGGCUUUGUGCCGAGGGACAUGGUGGACCGGCUGCUACAGCUCGCUGACGAUGCCAGCCUGGAGGCUCCCAUCGAGCGGGAUGGCAUCAAGGCAUUCAUUCUGUGGGCUCUCUCGGAGCUUCUAAGGAAUCCCGAGGCCAUGGCCAAGGCCACGGGCGAGCUGGACCGUGUCGUCGGCGGUGGCAGGCUGGUCACGGAGGCGGACUUCCCGCGCCUCCCGUACCUGGAGGCUGUGGUGAAGGAGACCUUGCGCGUGCACCCGGUCGCGCCGCUGCUCGCGCCCCAGCUGUCCCGCGAGGACACCUCCGUGGGCGGCUACGACAUCCCGGCGGGCACGCGCGUGUUCGUCAGGAGCGCUUCGUCGGAGGAGUUCCGGCCGGAGCGCUUCGUCGGGAGCGGAGUGGACGUGAAGGGCCGCGACUUGGAGUUCCUGCCGUUUGGGUCCGGCCGCCUGAUGUGCCCGGGCCUCGGCCUCGGGAUGAAGAUGGUGCAGCUGAUGCUAGCAAACCUUCUCCAAGCCUUUGCAUGGAGGCUCCCCGAUGGCGUGGGUGUGGACGACCUGAGCAUGGAGGAGAAAUUCGGGCUGUCCAUGCCGCGAAUGGUCCCGUUUGAGGCCGUACCUGAGCCCAAGCUCCCUGCUCACCUGUACGAUGGGCCAUGCCCAUGA